AGUUCUUCUGAAAAAUCCUAAUCAUAGAACGAUGAAAUUUAUUUUCAUAAACAUGCUAAAAAUCAAAGAUGCGUUAGCCUGAUUUUUAGCAUAGAAAAAAAAAUCUUGUCCAAUUGACCACAGUUCUUAUGAUUUUGAGAAGCAAAAAAAGGAAGAUAGGCGGUUUGCUGUUAUUUCUUGUUAGGUUAGCAUUUAUAAUUUUAAAAUGGGUAGCAGAACAGAAACUUUUGUUAUUCCGAAUGAACUGUGUCGAAGAGCAGGUAUAGCUGCUUCCUGGCUGCCUAUUAAUGAGUUGUCCAUAUUUGCUUUCGAAAAAAAGAGUUUUAAACAACAGGACGCCCCCAGUCAUUUCGCCGCUAAUAUAUCACCGUCCGUGUUCCAACUACGACAAAAUAUUAUAUUGAACCAUCCCAUACUUCGAAAAUUGGUAAAUGAAUCUAAUGGGACCUUUUUGAAUUUACAAGGGUCCAUGUUCAAUAGAUCUUCUCAAUAUGAAUCUGAUAUACUAAGGAUGAGCAGACAGUACCGUUCAAUAAUCAGAGCUUGUCUGGAAAAUUUACAAGAUGAAAUAGGCAAAAGUAAGGGUGUGGAAAAAGAAGAACUUCAAAACUAUAUCACAAUAUUUUAUUCAGUGGAGUGUAUUUGGCAUUUAUGCGAAAUUCUUUUUAUGGAAGUAAUACCUAGAGAUAUUGUGUUACCCUUUGUGUUGGAAUGGAUAAGGUUUCAUUUUCCUAGGCAUGAAAGGAAUGCUGCAAAUCUUAUUGGGAGUGGAGUAGACAGUAUGGAGUUGCAAGAGAACUACUGGGAUACUGUUUUUGGUAAUCUCCUUCAAGGCCGAAUUGAAGUGGUCCGAGCUCUUUUGAAAUUACAUUCGGCAGCCAAUACCAGUAUGUUUCAGUUGGUGGACCAAAUAUUAAAAUCUAUGCCUAUUUACAAUAUGACUAAUGGUGUAUCCACUAACAACUUUAAUUUGCAAUGGCGCCAUUGGACAAUGGAUGUUCAGUCAAAAAUUGAUGCAAAGCAGUUUGCUACCAAUGCCAAACUUGAUUUAAUAACAAGGUUAAUUGUUGGGGAAGAAGAAGCCUGGACUAAAAUACAAUCAAAUUGUGAGGCUUGGUAUGAAUUUUUGGCUGGUUGGCUCUUUUAUACUGAACCCACAGUGAAAACAUUUGAACUUGGUCAAUUUGCAAAACACAGUAUAACGAAAAUGAGGAUGAAAAACAAUAUGAAACAUCUUGAUCGAGUUUUACUUGCGGCUAUGGAGUUUGAUAUAUUUGAGGUAAUAAAAGAAAUUCAAUAUAUGACAGAAAAUGGAUGGUUCGUCAGUCAUUUAACAGAUAUAUUGUAUCAUUCUGGCAAAUUAACAGCAUUAGGAAAGGAAGUGGAGAGCUUUUCGGCAGAAAAAUUAAGGGAAUCAUUCCUUUUGGAGUAUGGUAUUAUGUUAAUGGGUCACAGUAGUUUGUGGCAGGUUGGAUUAAAUUAUUUAGAUCAUUGUCCAAAUGAUGGUCUGCAGACUAUCGAAUUAUUACUACCAAGGGUUAGAUUUGAUACGGAGGCUAAGGCAGUCAAGCUCAUUAGAGAAGCAAAAGCCAGAGAUUUAAAUCAAGUUGCACAAACAAUUUGCAGAGUACAAGGAAUGAGGUCUGUUAAACGAAAUCGUUUAGGUACUGCUCUAACGUGGUCUCUAAAAUCCCAAGAUGGACCAUUUACAUCAUACUUGGCGGACAAAUUUCUUCAUGAGUAUAUCAAAACAGGCGUGCUCAAUAGCACCGAUCUUUUAGAUAAUUUAGGAUCAUGUAUGCUAGCAAGUGAUAGAUUAAUAUUUUUAGCAAAAUAUUAUGAAUUCCACAAAUUGUUUGAAUUGGGAGAAAUCAAAGAAUGCGGAAAUUUACUUGUAUCUCUCUUAGCUUCCAAAAUUGUUCCUAAAUACUUCUGGAGUGUCUUACUGACUGAAGUAAUACCAUUGUUGGAAUGUGAAACGAUAGUUCUUUCUUCCAACGACACUUACACUAUUUUGCACUGCUUGGAAGAAAAGGAAGACUUGAAGGAAUUAAGCGACAAAAUUGAUAUCUUAAGAUUAGCUGCGGCAAGGAAUCUUUCAAGAACUUUGGUACAUGAAGCACAAUUGUCUUAAAAUUAUUUUUAACUUCUGUACCAACAACAAAAUAAAGCGAAUAAUUCCACUUUGUAUAAUUUUAUUUCUGCCCUCAGUUAAUUUGA